GAUCCCAUCUUCUCCCUCCUCCCUCCCCCGGUCUCCGGCAGUGCUGAGCUUCUCUCCCCGGCUCUGGUUCUCUCCUCUCCAGUCUCCGCAGGAUGAUGAUGCUCGCUCCCCGGGCUCCCUGCCCGCUGCUCCCCCUGCUGUGCCUCAUACUCACCGGGAUCCUGCUCUUACCGGGCACCGAGAGCUUCAGCUUCCCGCAGCAGCACACGAUGCAGUUCUGGGCUAAAAGACUGGAGCACGAAUUUGAACAGGUUAUGAGAAACUUUGGUGGAGUCCAACAACUGCGUGGGCUCUAUAGAGACAAGCGGAACCUGUUUCAGGUGAAGGAAAACGUGCCACGCAAACUGGUUGAAAAGGUCGCUGGCGACAUUGAGACCCUUCUUGCUAAGAAAGUGCGAGCUCUGAAGAGAUUAGCAGAGGCUGCAGAGAAGUUCCAGAAAGCUCAUCGCUGGCAGGACAACAUCAGGGAGGAAGACAUUGAAUAUUAUGACUCCAAAGCGGACACUGAAUACUCUUCCACUUUCUGUUCCCUUCCUGGCUCCCUAUGUCACUUUGACUAUGUCCCGCAGGAUGACCCAGAGGGGGAGGAGGAACAAAGUGAGCCCACGCACUCAUUAAAGUUGGAUUUUACUGAUGAUCUAAAUUUUAAGACGAAGGUGAACUACUCCUACACAGCAGUGCAGAUCCCGACAGACAUCUACAAAGGCUCUACAGUCAUCCUAAACGAGCUAAACUGGACAGAUGCCCUAGAAGAUGUCUUUAUCCAGAACCGAAACGAGGAUCCCACUCUGCUAUGGCAGGUGUUUGGCAGUGCCACAGGUGUCACAAGAUAUUACCCAGCCACUCCGUGGAGAGCACCGAGCAAGAUUGACCUUUAUGAUGUGCGCAGGAGACCAUGGUAUAUACAGGGUGCCUCGUCCCCCAAGGAUAUGGUGAUCAUUGUUGAUGUCAGUGGCAGUGUGAGCGGUCUGACCCUGAAACUCAUGAAGACAUCUGUCAUGGAGAUGUUGGACACUCUGUCUGAUGACGACUAUGUGACUGUUGCCUCUUUCCAUGAGAAGGCGGAACCCGUGUCCUGCUUUCGACAGCUUGUUCAGGCCAAUGUCAGGAACAAGAAGGUGAUAAAAGAAGCCGUGCAAGACAUGGUGGCCAGAGGCACAACGGACUAUAAGGCUGGCUUUGAGUAUGCAUUUAACCAGCUGCAGAAUACAAAUGUCACUCGUGCCAACUGUAACAAAAUGAUCAUGAUGUUCACGGAUGGUGGAGAGGAUCGGGUACAAGAUGUUUUUGAAAAAUACAACUGGCCAAAUAAGACCGUACGAGUGUUCACGUUCUCAGUCGGGCAGCAUAAUUAUGAUGUAACACCUCUACAAUGGAUGGCCUGUGCCAAUAAGGGUUACUAUUUUGAAAUUCCAUCUAUUGGAGCAAUUCGAAUAAACACUCAGGAGUAUCUUGAUGUCCUUGGGCGCCCAAUGGUUCUAGCUGGUAAUGAAGCCAAACAGGUUCAGUGGACAAAUGUCUAUCAGGAUGCACUGGGUCUUGGGUUAGUUGUUACUGGAACACUGCCUGUAUUCAACCUUACUGAGGACCCUUAUAGUGGGAAGAAUCAGCUGAUUCUUGGUGUAAUGGGGAUUGAUGUGGCAUUGGAUGAUAUACACCGAUUGAUGCCAAGAUACAGCUUGGGGGCCAACGGUUACAUGUUUGCGAUCGAUCUGAAUGGAUAUGUUCUGCUUCAUCCCAACUUGAAGCCACAAGUCAUCAAUUUCCAAGAGCCAGUUACGUUGGACUUUUUGGAUGCUGAGUUAGAAGAUGAAAAUAAAGAGGAGAUACGCAGGAAUAUGAUCGAUGGGAAGGAAGGCCACCAGUUAAUUCGUACACUGGUGAAAUCGCUGGAUGAGAGAUAUAUUGAUGAAUCUGAAAGAACGUACACUUGGGCCCCAAUACAUAGUACAAACUACAGCCUGGGUCUGGUGUUACCUUUGUACAGCUCCUUUUACCUCCGUGCUAAUCUGAGCGAUCAGAUUCUACAGGUGCAGUAUCCAAACAAGAAAACUAAGGAUUUUGAGUCUUUGAUGCCAAACCACUUUGAGUCUGAUGGUCGGGUUUUCCUUGCCCCAAGAAAGUAUUGUCGAGACUUGGAACAGUCUGAGAACAAUACAGAAUUUUUGCUGAAUUUUAUCUCUCUUAUGGAGAAAGUGACGCCGGACUCUAAGCAGUGUGACAGUUUUCUUCUGCACAACCUGAUCUUGGACACAGGAAUCACACGAGAUCUGGCAGAGAGAGUGUGGAAGGACAAAGAUUUACUCACAUACGGACUCCUUGCUGUUUUUGCUGCUACCGAUGGCGGAAUAACCAGAGUUUUCCCCAACAAAGCUGCUGAUGAUUGGACGGAAGACAUGGAGCCACACAACGCCACAUACUAUCGCCGCAGUCUAGACAAUAAGGGUUACAUCUUCCGAGCACCUUACAGGGAAUCUGGGUAUCAUCCUUCAGAGCUCGAGAACAAUACUGUCGGUAUCCUGGUCAGCACUGCUGUAGAACUUGAGAUUGACGGCAAGAGGCUUAAACCAGCAGUUGUUGGGGUGAAGUUAGACCUUGAGUCUUGGGUGGAGAAGUUCAAAGUCCUGGCCAGUAACCAGUCAAUGACAAACCCACAGGGACCACGCAGGUGCAGCCCCACUGCUAGCUGUGAAAUGGACUGCGAUGUUAACAACGAGGACCUAUUAUGUGUGCUGAUCGAUGAUGGAGGAUUCCUUGUCAUGUCUAACCAGCAAGAUCACUGGAGUCAGGUGGGGAAGUUCUUCAGUGAAGUGGACCCUAAUCUCAUGGCUGCUCUGUAUAAUAACUCAUUCUUCACACGUAAAGAAUCGUAUGAUUAUCAGUCUCUCUGUGCACCGAAAACUGAGAGCAACAAGGGAGCUGCACCCCGUGGUAUCUUUGUGCCCACCAUAGCAGAUAUCCUGAACCUCGCCUGGUUAUCUUCAGCAGCUGCCUGGUCACUACUUCAGCAUCUCCUGUUUAGUCUAACAUACAGCAGCUGGAUGCAGGCAGAUGAUGUUGCAGGUGAAAACAUGGAGCCCAGAGAAGCAAGUUGCAUCAUGAAACAGACACAGUAUUACUUCAAUGGGAUCAAUGCCACAUACUCGGCUGGCAUUGAUUGCGGCCCUUGUUCUCGAUAUUUUCAUGCUCAGAGACUCUCCAACACCAACCUUCUCUUUGUGGUGGCUGAAAAAAUGCUCUGCAGUCAGUGUGAUUCCAUUAAAAUGGAUCAAGCUGAGACACGCUCUGAGGGGCCCGAGCAGUGUGAGCUGGUUCAAAGGCCACGUUAUCGGAAAGGACCUCACGUCUGUUUUGAUUACAACACUAUGGAGGACACAUCAGACUGUGGCAGAGGCUCUCUAUUCCGGCCGUCGUGGCUUUUGCUGGCACUGCUUCAAGUAUUGCUCCUAUGUGUUGUCCCCAGCUUUUCGUCCGCCUCCAGUCGGGGCCUCUAGACCUGCCCUUACUUCCCUCCCUCCUUCCUGAGGCCACUUCUUGUUUCCUGAUGCGGUUACCAUGACAACAAGGCAAGCGCCACUCCUGCGCUUUGGGCUGAGUUACCACAACAACCACCACUUAUUUUGGAUGAUUUAAAAUUUUCACCAAGGAUACCUUUCAAUGUCAUAGGGAAGCAUGGCAGUCAGGAAAAUAACAUCCUGGACAGUGGCAGUAUUUACCAUGACAACGAGAUGAACUUCCUGUUUAUUGACCGUGGUAACCAUGGCAAUGUUAAGUACUUCCUGUUUAUCGUCCAUCAGUUUUCUUGGCCUGAAACUGCAUGUUUCGGUCACGUCUGAUCUCUAUGGCGGGGUCAUGAACUCACUGUGACCCUUUGCUCUCUUACCUAAAGUGUGUAAAGGGCCCUUUGAUUUUUCUUUCUGCUCCUACAUUGCAUCGCAGGAGCAUAGGUUACACAAUGAUGCCAUCAUAUGCAUACAUCCUCCAUCUUGUCAAGACUCAUCAUAUCAUGGUCAUAUUGCUUACCCCAGGAGUUGGGUUUACUUUCAUCUUGGAAUGUGCUCUGGGCCAAAGUCACCAGGGAGGUGAUGAAGAGACACUGUGUAGAAAAAAACAUGUCUAUAUGCAGAAUUAGCAAAGUUUGCCAUGUGUCAAUUGUACGUGCAGAGCUCGAUUUUCCAUGCAAAGUGUCAGUUCCCCAUGUCAUAUGUCCGUUCAGAGCCUCACAGCUGGAUGUUGUAAAUGUCCAACCAUCACUUCUACACGUCUCUGUGUAAAUGGUGUUUUUGAUCAUGCUGCAAAGCUACUGCCACAGCCAGGGACGUAUGCUACAUGCGUAGGUGAUGAGCUCAUUACAGCAGCUGAACCCCAGAGGAUGUUCACACACCUCCGUGUCGUACAGUACUGUACCAAAGAAACCGGUCUAUGACUUCUGCCGUCAGAUUUGUACAGGCAUCAGUGGGGACUCUUUGAGGUGUAGUGUACUGCAGUAUACAGUUACACAGAGUGUAUGACUGUGAAAGGAAAAGCAGCAUAAAUUACUACUGGUGCAUUGCCUGACUCCUCCAAAGCGGCAACAGAAUCCACAGGCUAGCCAGUUCAAACAGCAGAACAACCAAGCGCAAAUCACUCUGCAAGCAAGUCAGUGCAGUGCUCUGCGUUUGCAGACACUGUGAUGCUGUAAAAAAAGGGAUGAACCCAAGAACUUGUUAGAACGCAACUCCCACCACUUUCAUCCAGUAUCACAGGCAAUGAGUUGUAGUCCAGCACCAGCUGGUGGGGCAUAUCCGUAUGCAUAUCCUUGCUUUACAGCCUUUAUCAUUUAUCAUGUGUGUGUGAAAUAUACAUUCUGUACAUCUUUAAAAUGUCAUUGUUAAAUUUGAGAAAGUCCCAAAACUUAUUAAGGGAGAUCCUGACUUCAGAAGCACACACAAGGCAACUGCAAACACAACACAAUAGUUAUAUAUCAGGGUCCCCUUGGUUGACCCCACAAGUAGCACAAUAUAACUGAAGGCAGCUUACGUAGAACUCAGAUACUACUGAUCAGUGAAGAAUUGUUGGGAGGUUUUUUUUGGAACUCGAAGAAUGUAUCAUUGAUUUGAAGCUUGGUAUAAUGUUACCGUAUAUAUCUGUGAAAAGUAGCCUGCCCUAUACAGAGAGCAAUCAUCUCUGAAGGGGAUUUGGCCUUUAGAAGCACACACUUGGUACAAACAAUAUUCAUCUGGCCCCCAUGGGUGAUGCAACAUUUAGCACAAAAUACAUGAGAACAGCUUUUUGUGGGCUCAGAUAAUGCUCAAUAAGGGACUGAAGAAAAAUGUUUCACUGCUAUGCACAAUCUGAGUUCAGCACACAUAGUCCAUGAUUACUUAAUUCAAUCUUAUUGAAAGAAAAUAAAUACUGUGCUUGUCAAGAAACCUUCCCUAUACCUUCCUUAAAGUACAGCAACUUCCCUAAAUACGCGGGCACUGUACAGUCCCCUCGAUUACAGCACCUUCCCUAAAUACACCAGGCAGUGUACCCUUCCCUCAAUUACAGCACCCUCCCUGAAUACACCAGACAUUGUACCCUCCCCUCAAUUACAGCAACCUCCCUAAAUACACCAGGCAUUGUACCCUCCCUUAAUUACAGCACCCUCCCUAAAUACACCAGGCAUUGUACCCUCCCCUCAAUUACAGCACCCUCCCUAAAUACACCAGGCAUUGCACCCUCCCCUCAAUUACAGCAACCUCCCUAAAUACACCAGGCAUUGUACCCUCCCCUCAAUUACAGCACCCUCCCUGAAUACACCAGACAUUGUACCCUCCCCUCAAUUACAGCACCCUCCCUAAAUACACCAGGCAUUGUACCCUCCCUUAAUUACAGCACCCUCCCUAAAUACACCAGACAUUGUACCCUCCCCUCAAUUACAACACCCUCCCUAAAUACACCAGGCAUUGUACCCUCCCUUAAUUACAGCACCCUCCCUAAAUACACCAGACAUUGUACCCUCCCUUAAUUACAACACCCUCUCCAUAUACACCAGAUAAUGUACCUUCCCACAAUUACAACACCUUCCCAAAAUAAACCAAGUCCUAUACUUACUAAUGAUUGCAUUAUCCAACUCUGGGUAGUAUUAUUCUACUCUGUUCAGUAUUAUCAUACUCUGGAUACUAUACCUGUCAAUUUUCAUUUCCCACUUUAGUGUAUAAAGUCUACAGACUCUCUUCAUACUGCUGUUCGUGUCAUAUCUCUUUAUUGGCUCUAGCUUCUCCUAUUGACUGACGAAGCCCUUUACACCUUUCGUCAAAAGUACUCUCAGUUGUGCUAAAAAAUUUUGAUUGGUUUGAGCAAAACACCCCUAUUUCCUUCUUCUCAAAAAACACUCCUUUCAUUGAGAGUGAGUCAAGACUCUAGUCUUCCUUCUCCCCAAUUACCCCACGUUCCAGUUAUAUCAUAUCUGUUUUUGCCUGCACCCACCCCAGCAAGCAUCCAGUUACCACUGACAUACAAAUAUUGCCGAGCAUAUGGGUUCUGUGUCCAGGAGCACCUACUUCUCUGCCACCUUUAGACACAACCCAUGGCUUACCUUAUGGACACCUUAUGAGAACAAGUUCUGAUUGCUUAGAUAUGUGAGACAGCUUAAUUGGAAGUGGUUUGGAGAGCUUGGAAAUAGUGAGUAAAAUCUUCAUCAGUGUGAGACCAAGAGUUUGUGAUCAUUUCACAAUAAGGAUACAGCUCCUCAACCGGUAUAACGCAUACUACAAUCACCUGUAACCCAGACCUGUUCCUGUUCCCUGGACAAACAAUUGAUUGAUCAAACAGAUGAUUUAGUUUUCUAUCCCUAAACUACUCUAUCCUCUAUUGCCCCCACCAUCCAGUAAAUCACCUCCCCAGCCAUUUGCCUAUCUCCCUUCCAGUCUUCAUACAGGUUUUUCUAUAUGCAGGCAUGUAAUAUGCAGAUAGAUAUUGCUUUGCCCCAUUACAGUCUUCAUUCUUUUUCCAUGCAUCCUCCAUCAUUAUGGCCCACAGAACGUGGCCAAAAAUACAUAUCAGUGUUAGUAAAGGCAUGGAGUGGUACUUCCUCACUCUUUACUCCAACAUGUAUAGAUGAUGGAGAGGUUGUUACAACAUAUCCUAUGAUCUACUUCUACAUGCCUUUCCUUGUUUGACUUCGGUAGUUAUAUCCCGACUCCUUGCUAUUAGUUCUAGCUUAAUUCCAUUCCAUCUUAAUUCUAGCUGAGGGCAUAAAUUAUUUUUUUUAUGUGGAUUGAGGUGUUCGUUUGAUAUACAUCACUAUGGAUAGGGGAUGUUCUUUUUCAAUAUUAAUCUGAGCUUAUUUUUCUGGGAGACUAUCUGUGCCAAAAAUUCUAAAUUAGAACCAUCUCAACCAGUAGAAGCUCAGAAGAAAAAGCCCAUCUUCUGCCCAUAGUUCAUGUUUUUGGAAGCCCUCUCAUAAAGGUUUCUGGUUACAGUGUGAUUCACAAAUAGACAAUAAAGGCAGAAUAUGUACUUAAGAUAGGACAGAGAGUAGUGUACAGGCAAUAACCAAGUCAUAAUAUGGCAUAUUAAAGCAAAUGUUAAAAUUUCAAAUGAAUGGCUCAAAAAAGAGCGAAGAAGGCCAUUAUACUCCCAUCAUCAGCCAGAUGCUUUAACCAAUGUCAGUGCACAUAGAUCAGUAGUGUUUGCAAAGUUCUUAACUCUUUCAUGUGUGCAUACAUUACUGGAAUUAGAUUUGAGGAGAGAUUGAUUGUGGGGUAAUAGGGAAGGAAGGACAUAUGGUCAUGCAACCAUGUUGCUCACAUAAACCCUUUGCACGAAGAUGAUCGAGCUAGUGGCUCCAAAAUCGUAGUCCUAUUUGCCAAAUAUACUGUGUGGAGCUGUUUGUGGUUUUUUUGCACUUUGUAUUUUUUAUUUUAUUUUAUUUCUGCAUUUAUGAGAACUGUGUGAUGAAAUUUAUUCAGAUGUAUUGCAUAAACUAUUUUAAGAGAGAAAUGUUUAUUUUAUUUAUGUGAUUAUCAUUCUUCAUAUAUCACAAACCAUUAAUUUAAUAAACUGACCUUACAUCUUU